CUCCAUUGCUUCCUUCCAUAACGCAACCCAUCUCAUGAUAUUUGGCCAUCAUUUUUGACACCUUCCAUUCCAUCGCUCUUCCCUCUCACGCCAAGAUCCAAAAUCUGCAAAUCAAUCCCAGUUUCAUUUCUCCAAAUGAUUCAGCUAUUGUUCACGCUGAUUGCAUCGGAGAUGCUUCUCAUACUGCUCUUCUCCUUCAAGACCCCUCUCAGGAAGCUUGUCAUAUUGGCCGUCGAUCGGAUGAAGCGCGGACGCGGUCCCAUUAUGGUGAAAACCGUCGCCGGAACUGUUCUUAUAGUUCUCCUUUCCAGUCUUAACAGUAUGGUUACGAUCCAGAAACGUUGGGUUGAUGACGGUGCCGUCACCCCCACCGAUCAGGUUCUCAUGGUCAGACACCUUCUCGAGGCCACGCUCAUGGGGGGGUCUCUAUUCCUGGCACUUAUGAUUGAUAGAUUACAUCAUUACAUGAGAGAGUUGCAUAUACGAAGAAAAGGCAUGGAAGUCAUAAAAAAGCAGAGCAGAGCGAUGGAGGAAGGGAAAGUUAGCAGCAAGUCAGAGGAGAUCAAAGCAUUGGAAGAAGAGAGAACCAACCUGCAGACCAAACUCAAACACUUGGAAUUGGAACUUGAGUCGAAGGCAAAAGAUGUAAGUGCUUCAGAAGCCAAUGUAGUUGCUCUAAGGAAGCAAUCUGAAGGAUUAUUGCUUGAGUAUGACCGUUUAGUUGAGGAAAACCAGAACCUUCGUAGCCAAUUGCAAUCCGUGGAUCGCAGAUUGUCUCGGUCGGGCAGCAAGAAGAACUCUUAAGGAACUGAAUCUCACUUCUUCAAGUACAAAGGUAAAGCACUGAAACAAGAAUGGAUUCUCACUCAAAACUGAAAAGAAUUGUGAUAAAUUUCAUGUUUAUUAUAGAGAAUAUCUUCGCUUCUG